GGCAUUUUGAUGCGCGUCACAGCCUCAGUACUCGCCUCUCGCAAAGUCGACGACGACGAGUCUCGCUCUCUCUGUCUCUCUCUAAGCGAAAGGUGUUUGUUUGAAUGCCUGAAUCAAGCUCAGAUCCUAAUGAUGGUAGUGAUAUGCCGCAAAAGAGAAGCCUCCCUUCUUGGAUGAGUUCCAAAGAAAGUGCGAACAAGUCGGGCGAAAAGAAGAAGCAGGCCGAUUCUUCUGGAGGUUCCAAAAAACAAGCCAAAGGAAAUGGUGAUUCCUCUUCACAUCAAACUACCCGAAGUAUCUCGGACUUCUCGAAACUUUUGGAUGGAGUUGUCUUUGCGCUGUCGGGGUUUGUUAACCCUGAGAGGAGCACUCUAAGAUCGCAGGCUUUAGAGAUGGGGGCUGAAUAUCGACCUGACUGGACCUCGGAUUGUACUUUGCUUAUUUGUGCAUUCUCAAAUACUCCUAAAUUUAGGCAAGUUGAAUCUGACAACGGAACCGUUGUCUCAAAGGAAUGGAUAUUGGAGUGUUAUAAACAGAGAAAGCUUGUUGAAAUCGAGCCUUACCUUAUGCAUGCAGGGAAGCCAUGGCGAAAAAUUAAUGAGCUAUUUGAGACUAAGAGAGAUCAGAAAAGUGCGCCACCUAAAGAGCUUCAAGAAAAAUCCGAAAGGUCACAUGUAAAGACAAUUAAUUCGGCAGCAUCUGAGGUAAGAUGUUCAGAUAAAGCUAAGGAUUAUUUUUCUCCUUCCAAAAUAAAAAAGUGGGCUUUGGAUGAUUUGAACCAAACAGUGUCAUGGCUGGAGAGUCAAGAUGAAAAGCCAGAGCAAAGUGAACUAAAGGCUAUCGCUGCAGAGGGGAUUUUCACUUGUCUCCAAGAUGCCAUAGAAGCUCUUGAACAAAACCAUAGUAUUCUACAAGCGACCGAGCAGUGGAAAUUCGUUCCUCGUGUAGUCCAAGAGCUUGCGGAGCUCGAGAGUAAAAGGAAAAAGGGUUUAUCCGCAAAGAAAGAACUCGCCGAAUUAGCUACCAAAUGCAAGGAGAUUUACGAGAUCGAGUUCAACCACUCGAACUUUUCUCCUAAGAACACCAAGGAACAAAAAGGUGAUAGCAACAAGGAAGAGUAUGACAGUGAUGAGACUAUAGAGAUGACUGAAGAGGAAAUAGAACUUGCCUGCAAAAACCUUUCUAAGUGUUGAGAAUGAUAAGUGAAAUGCUUUUGUUACAUACAUGUAGACACUUCUGUUGUUUUCUGUUCUUUUAUAGCUUUUUAUGGAAUAUGUUUUGAUUUCAUAAGCAUGUUAAUAGCUGCAAAUCAUUUUGCUGAGUUCGAGUUUGGCGUCA